AUGGCGUCUGCACAACACUCACCGGGUGCUCUGGACGUCAUCUUCACCUGCGACAUCUGUCAGGCCAGCAUCUCCGACAUCUACAGCAAAGGUAAUCCUGGCGCGUCUGAGACUGACUUCCAAGACGGUCGAGCCCACACAUCAGAUCGACGCGUUACUUGCCUCUGGCUCACGCAAUGCAUGCACCUGACAUGUGGCAAACAUCUCGAAGGAGGUGGCGCGCCUUUCCAUCGCAAGGGUGAGCAUCCCAAAGCGCCGUGCCCUCUCUGCCACAGGGAAAAGAAGGAUGAGAGACCGAAGGCGCUUUACGCGGUGCGAGGCCUGCGGCCCGGCAACUUUGACCCUGAUAUACCCGAGGUUUUAUUUCAAGUACCACCAAUGAAACUCCAAGGCCAGAGCGUCGAAAAGGAGGCCUUGCAGUUUCAAUACCUGUCUCUUAUUCGUUACGGCACAUCCAUGCUCCGCAGGCAUAACGAGCUGCAAAAGCUGGUCUCGGAGAACCAAGAGCUAAAGCACAAGCUUUCGUCGUCUGAGAAAGACAAUGUGGAAAUCGGCAAGUGGAGACAAAGGCUUCCCAAGGUCACGCACUACCUAAAACAGUGGCCCCUGGUUAUAGAGGAAGUGAAUAUGUUGCGACAACAGCUCACUGACCUAGGCUACGCCGUACCGAGAACGGAUUAUUCAUUCCGGGACACGCCGGACGAAAAGUUAGCAGAGUUGAACCCACCCGAAUCCAUCGCCCGCCAGAGAGAAGCCUCAAUAGCAAGAGUACCCACCGACAAUACGCGUACUGAAUACAGGACAGGUAGAGAUCAGCUACUAGUCCUAGGCUCCGGUCGGAAACGAAAGCUUUCCGAGUACAUGGACCAUGGAAAUGCUACCGUAUACGACCAACAGCGACAAGGCUACAAUCGCGAGGACCGUGUUGCCGAUACUAGAGGGACAAUCCAAGGAUUUCUUACGUCUGACCCCGCGAACAACUUCGGAGAAGUCCCAAAACUGGGCGCGCCCAAUUCAUUUCCCUCAGACCCGGAAAAUCUUCCUGAGCUACAGAGAUUUGAGAACGGUGAACGUCAUGAACAUCUCACGGAGAAAGCGCCCCAGCGUGUUCCGGAGACACUGAAGCCUGGAGCACAACCAGAGAGAUACCUCAUGACAGGAGCUCUAGUCAAUCCUGCAGAGCGCUUACAGAAUGCUACUGGAAAUGCGAUCGCCCCGGCCAAUGUUGGCGAAGAUGAAGCAAUAUAUCAUGUCCAUCCCUUCGCCAAGCAGCCGUCGAAUUUCUGGAUUGCUACACGUCAGUCAAAAUUCAAGUCCGUUCUUUUCGAGACCCCCAAGGGGGAUUAG